CUAAUUUUCUUCGAAUCAUAACUUAAACACCCAUGGUUUGUUCAUCAAAUUGUAUUUUCUAUCUUCCUUCUAUCUCUUCACAACCCUUGUGUAGUUUGAAAUUCCAAAUCCCCAUUUACUUUUCCACUUCAUCCAGAUCGACGAAAUCACCUCCUUCCCCAUUGACCCAUCAUCACAUCCCCCUAGCCAUCGUAAAUCCCCAAAGUUGUCUACUACAUCCGGUCCUCUCUCUGUAUAUUGAUCCGUUUGGGGAUUAAUUAAAUAAGACACACUGCCGAAACGGAGAAGAAAGGUCAUUGUCGAAACCCCUCCAUUCAAAACUAUGGCGUUCUCCUGACAUUUUCAUCGGAUCCAUGAUGCCGAAAGGCGUCCUGUUGUACCUGAUCUCUGUGGGGAGAUAGAGUCCAACAUCGCGAUGGUUGGGCUUGUUAGGCUCGAGUGCUCGGCCACGCUUGCAAAGCUGAGAUGGUGGAGGAGGACGAACCAGAUAUUUGUAUGAGUAUGAUGUCUGCAGUUCGAGGUAAGAGAUUGGGAGUGGCAGUUGAUGUAUUCAGUUGAAAUUUAUUGAGAUUGGAAGGGGUCGUCAAUGCUCUGCAUUCACGUUGCAUAGGUUUGACCUCUAGAUGUUCUAUUAAUUUUCAGAAUGAAUUUUCUUUUUUGUGAUCGAUGAGAUUGUGCUACCGCUGCCGACGAUAACAACGCCUAGGAGACUGAUGAGCCCGAAGGAAAAAGUCUGCAAGUUUGAAAAGAUAUUCAGUACGAGUUGGUCGUUCCCCGAUUGGCAACUUGUUGGGAUUGCUCAAUUCCUUUUCUGUGCGGAAUUGAUUGCCCCGAUCUUGCAUUUUCUAGGUGGAUUAGAUUUGGCUUGUAAAGAAUCUAUAGCUUUUGUUUUGGUUGGAUCCAUUUCAGAUUUGAAUGGGUUGUUGCUGAUCUGGGGUGAAGUUUAAUCCCUUUUUUUUUACAAUGGUGAAGUUUAAUCCUUUGGCUGUCUGGCUUCUUCUUCUCCACUGUUCAAAUUGACACUCGAGUGAGCUUUCAGUACUUCUGUAAGACACUGUAGUUUGUGGGUGGAGGCAGACUCUCGCUUGACACAUAAUUUUUGUGAAAAAUUAAUGCUUUGUUGGUGUUGAGAUGCAGCCUGAGCAACGAAAGAAGGUAAAAAUGUGUUGUUAUGCUUAUUUUUCAUGAUUUGGUGUCAACUACUUCGUUGAAGCAAAGAUAGAAAGACUAGUCCUACGACAUAAACUAUGAUUUUGGACUUGUAAUCUUCUUGGCUAGCUUUACGUUGGAAUGAUUGGAUGUUAUAUUAUUAAUUGGAUGUCCUAUGUAUCUCUGGAUGUUCUUAACUGCAUAUCUGGAUUUGAACAAGCAACAUUUGGUCAUGUUUAUCCCUUUGACACAUGGUUGUCUCCCUAUUGCCGAGUUAUGACUUGCCCCACUUUCUUAUUAUCUAUAUACUAAUAGGUUUGCUGAUCAACUGCUUAUGUUCUGGAUGAAUUGAUAUGUGGUACUUGACGACUCUGUGUCAGAGUUUAGUUUGUUGCUUCCUAAGUUUUGUGGGUUCGAUGUAGAAUUGAAAUCUGGAUCCAGUAUCUUUGAUGGUUUCAGCUUGUCUAUGGCAGUAGCCAUUUGGUCAUUGCCGUGAUAAAGCUAAUCUAUGUUAUUGGAUGUAAACUUUAAAGGCACCUGACUGAGAACAUAAACCAGUUGUGUUUAGACUGACAAUUCGAGCAAUAUGAUUUUGUCUUUGAUAAAAUGUAGGAAGCUUCAGAUUAUGGUAGAUCAGCUUACUGUGGAGAUAGAAAGGGAGCAGAAAUUGAGGGUUGGUGAAAGAUAUGAUUGUGAGAGGCAGGUUAAUGAAUGUUGCAGUGAAAUUUUAGGUGAUUAUGCUCUCUCCUUAUAUCAUUUACUAUGGUAAUUAUGUGCUUAUAGUAUGCUUACUGUUUCUUGCACUGGACUAGUUUUUGGAGAAAGACUAGACGCAUACGGAUGUUCAGAUAGAAGACAUCUUAAAUGAACUGGACAACCAAAAGACUGAAAAUGGCAGAUUGUGUGUUAAGGUGGCACAACUGGAAAUGAGCUUGAGGCUUAUCCAGUUACUUUAGUUUUACAAGUAGCGCAUAGGCUUGUUUCCCAAUCAUCAUUGAUGGCCUUCGUGCAUCCUAAUGACCACCACUGUGAUUCUUAGUUUAACUUUGUUUCAUUAUUGUUUUUUCAAUUUCAAUUUCACAAAAAAGAUUUAUGGUUUCAUGGAUGCUAAUGGGGUAGCAGAAGUAUGUAUAUAUUACCUUGUUGCACUAAUUUUUCAUUUUCCUUAAACAACCAUGUGGCGAUGUUUGUCCGAAUGAAUUUGGCUGUGGAAUUGGUUGGUGGCCAGCAGAAUGCUAAGAUGGAGAAAAUGAUUCGACGAGCUCAUAGACAUUCGGCCUUAUGGAAUGACUUGAUCCUCAAAGACAUGGUUGUCAUGCAUGGAGAUGCAUACGUUUGAAGUAGUAAAUUUGGAGGGAUGACGAUUUGGGUUUUUCUUCUGUUUUUUGUUGAACUACUAAAGUUUAUAGUUGAGG